AUGCAGGCGUACUCUAGCAUUGACCACAACACGGACUCCGACAACUCGUCCUACGGGUCUGACAAGAUUGGUUCCGGGCCCAGCGUCCGGAGUUCGCAAUCCGACUACGACGCUCACCCCAGCAUGCCGGUUGACUCCCACCUGUCUGCUGUAACACUUUACUCCCCCGACAACUCCUUCGAGCAGGAUCGUAUCAAAUCCUUGACUCUCUCCGACAUCCACUACGAAGGUUCAAUCUCCAGGUCUGACAAGGCCCGGACGUUUGCGAGAGGCGUCCCCAAGCCGCUUCUUACCGCUAAGUUCAAACAACUCCUUGCGUCUUUACCCAUCAAUGCUGGAGAAUUGCAUUGGGUAUCCGAAUGCUUUACCAAGAUAUGUCAACUUCAGCUGGAGUGGCAGUCUGUAGGGUACAAGGGCUUCGUCACGAAGGACGUAACGAUGGGUGAACAUCUGUACAAUAUCUUGUUGAAGACACUGGAUAAGAUCUGGGAAAGUGGUGAGGGGGAGAAAGGGGAUGAAGGAGACGAAGGCCGCCGGGAGCACCAGCGUUGGAUGGCAUUCCUCCGGUGCAUUAGGGUGGACUACUGGCCUAGGGAACAUAAAGCCGUGGUAAUCGCACCUCUUUUCGUGGAAGAGAAGGCGUAUAUAAUCACCAACACUGUCGCCAAGGCUCUGGGUGAGUACGAGCCUAUCAUGGGGGCCAUGACCGCACUACACAACUGCCGCCGCAACUACCACGUCAACACUGAGGAUGUUUGGUGCCGAUUGAUGUACAAUGCAUUACGUCUCGAUGCCAUCAAGUCUUCCCAUGCAGAGGCCUGCCCCUUCUUCUGUAUUACAGCUCAGACGGCCGAAGAGUUUAUGUAUGAGACGAAGAAGAUGGCGCUCAUUGUCAAGUCUGGCAAGUUGGGCCGCACUCUGCGGUUCAUCGUCGCACUCGUCAGGGAGGCCGUCCACGAUAUUGAGCCCGAGAAACUGUACAAGUCGAAAGCUCUCAAUGUCAUCACCUUCCACACGCAUGAGGCCUAUCCAGCGUCGCAGGAUAUUCCAUGCCCAAAGCUGGAGUGUCGUGUGCUCUUCUACACCUCAGGAGAGAUUGUCGACUUUGUGAGGCGUGCUGAGACAGCCGUCACGCUGGAGGACUGGGAACGCAGCAGUAACUUCAUGUGGCUGACAGGGUACAGCACGAGGGUGGCUAGCACGUUGCCGGAGCUUGCCUGGAAAGAGUUCAACCGCCGUGCUGAAGGCCUUAUCCACGGGUACAGGACGUAUGUCUACACAACCGGGCACUUCCAUAGGUGCGCCUUCAACUUCGAAGUUGAACCACCACCUGCCGCGGACUCGAAGGAGACGAAGAAGACGGUCGCCAAUUUCACAUCUCAGUUGUACAAAGGUCUCGAGUACUCGCUGUGCGUUGUAGCGCAGGACGCCAUCUCCUUGGAGGCCGGCUUAGGUCGCACCAGCGUUAACAGGCACUCAAUGGGCCUUGGAGGUGACGGCUGCUGGAGGUACAGGCUCUUCGUGUGA